AGAGAGAGAGAGAGAGAGAGAGAGGUGGUGCAGUUAGUGAGCCAGGCAGGAGUGAGGCGACAGAGCGGAGGUGACAGCGGAGAAUGGAGAGGAGCCCGUCCGCCCGCCGAGCUUUGACCGCGGCGAGCGAGGAGAACCCACUCGGCCCUUUCCUUCUGGAGCCAGCGUGCUGAAAGAAACCGGGAGGAAUUCACUGGGAAUGGCUGAUCCUCUGCGGAGGACUUUACUAGCGAAACUCCGGGGGAAGAAAUCCAAGAAAGCAGCGACGGUCGGCGGUGGAUACGGCUCUGCGGCUGCGGCGAAUGGGGGCCGAGAAGGUAAAGAAAAAGUUUUGCAAACGCAGCGAGACUCCGACGAGGCUCGCCCGCUAGUCCUGCUCACAGGUCUGGAUUGCACCACAGAGAGAAUGAGUACGUACGAGAAUUGUGUUGACGGGGCGAUGGUGCAAACAGGGGGGGGUGUAGUAGUCCGGGAGAGUCGCGCAGCAGAGCGUCCCCUGGAGCGGAGCAGCGGGGGCAGGGUUCCGGUUAACAAGGAGCUCCUGGGGGGCUCACUUCAAAGAGAAGUGCAGUUUGGGGGACAUGGUUUUAGGGAGGGAGAUAGGAGCCACCAGGGGCCCAAAUCCGCUGCCAAAAUCACGUUAUCUGCAGGGGUUUCGCUCGGUGGACCGCAUGUCCAGAGAAAACACUUCGUCUCGGUGCCGCGGCAGUGCAGCGUCGGGGACUCAAUCGGGUUUGGGGACAAUUCAAAUCACGACGUGUACCGAGCACGGGUAGAGCCGCAAACCGGAGUCGGUAAACCAGUAGAGGGCCGGGUUACUACUGCUGAUAGUGAUGGGACGGAGCCCAGAGACGGAGGACACUCCCGGCACAUGGCAGGGACUGUAGUGGCUGUUCAUGAACACAUCGCCAACUGGGGUUUUGACAGCAACCAAACUUUGGAGACAAACUCGCCAGUUUGCGCGGCGCCGAACUGUGUGCCAAUAAACACGGAGGAAAACAUUGUAAUCAAAAAUGUAGAGAAUUAUGGGCCUGAGUAUGCAGGGGACAUUAGAGGGACAGCAGGCGGUCUGCAGAGCCCGACGUUUUUCCCCACAGAGUUAGAAAUAUGCGACAUUAACAUGGCAUCCCUGUGCGCCACAGAGGAAUCACUUCGAUACACUUUAGAUAGUGAAGAUGAGGAUUAUUAUGAUAAUGAAAUCCUGCCUUUUUAUGAAACUAUCAGAGCAAAAAGUGAUGUUGAUAGGGCAGAGGUUGCAGAACUGCCACGGCCUUGUCAAGAUAAAAGACAGCUUGAUGACGGGAACAGUGCCCAGGAAACAGACAGGCUUAGGAACCAGCUGAAAGAAGCUUAUUAUCUUCUUAUCAAUGCUAUGAAUGAUAUCAACCUGGAUGUCCAACAGUUUAGUGGUGGUAUAACUGAGCUGCAGGCCCCCUCCUCCUGUAGUAGCCACUCCAGGGACAGCUUGUGCUCGAGGUUGUCUGCCAAGAACAUGGACAGUGACUCCUGGUCCUCAGGAGGGGACCACAGUCCUCAGCAGGUGUCUGACACUGACUCACUCCUGCUGUGCCUAAGUGGGAACCUUGAGUCAGGCUUCAAAGGCAGGCUGAAUAGUAAGAGUAUGGAAAACCUGUCCUUGACCAAGAUAAGACCCACAUUACAGCGCUCUGCUAGUGACGGAGCUAUCAGGUAUCCAAGUGGACACUCCCUCUGUAACCAGGCCCCUGGGACGCAGAGUCCAGACAUCAGUGGCGAUACAGGGGCCACAGAUCGAGGGGUUAAAGCCACAGGAGUGGGUGAGCUGUCAGAACCUCAGGUGCUUUACAGUGCUGUCAGCAGCGAUGAGCUGCUACAAGAUGCUGGCGGUGAUGAAGACCGCGGCGGGCAGCUCAAUGACAGCAGCGGCUCAGUCAACAGCCUCACGGGUUCAACAGACAGCAACGCUGAUGCAUCAACAAAUCAGGGUCACGAAAACAAGCAGGAGCUGACUCAUGUCCGAGCACAGAGGGCCAACUCUGUCAACAAGGGGCACGGCGUCACUGUCAACAAGAUGCAAGAGUGGAUGCACAAAGGGCGUUUGCUGUCCUCCGAGAUGAAGCAGCGCAUCGAGGGCUCGUCGCGUGGCGCACGCCAAAGCCAGGACCGGUCCUGUCCUCAGGGUAACUACGGUGUGUGUAAACCAGGGGUCCAGACAUCCAGCCGAGGUGUUAAAUCUGUCAAGGCCAAGUCACCACGGCAGCAGCAGCAGCAGCAGCCAGCUUUCAUUGAGAAUGUCCAAACCCCCUGUGCUAAUGGCCGGGAGGUGGGCAGGGCCAGUGAGUCUUUGUCAUGGCGGCCACCGCUCACCACCAUCACUGUCUCUAAGAAGCGCAACUGGCUGCAGCAAAGCUCCAUUGGGAAGAGUAAUCACAGCACCAAGGACGAGCUGCAGGGAAUGCUGGGAGCUGAGGAGGAGGGCUCCCACCAGUCCCCACCUCCUCCCAGUCCCUCUCCAGACCACCUGAGACCCUCUGGGGGAGCUCCAUCACGGCCGGCUCGCCUGCACCUGCCUCAGGUUAACGCCAGUCAGGCCAAGGUGUCUCCUCACCCUCGUAGCGUGGACCCAGCUGAGGAGAAUGACGCAGAUGAUGAAGGAGAGAUCUGGUACAACCCGAUCCCUGAGGACGAUGAACUGGAGAUGGCUCACCGACCCUCCGUUCGGCUGCUGGUUCCCCCUCGAGCAGAGUCCCAGAGGAGGCCCAGCAGGGGAGGGGAUGCGGGUCGCGGUGGCAGGAACCUGGGGGGCGUCGGCGUUGGGCCGGAGGCGCUCGGGGAAAGCCUCGGUGGCGGUUUAGGAGAUGGGAGUCAGGGGAAUGCUGUACAUUCCACAGAGGCACUACAUCUGCACAGACAGAUGCUCGCGUGCAAACCUCAGGAGGAGGGGGGGCCUUCCACCAGCAGAACCACAGAUGGUCCUGACCUGCCUAAUGCCGUCGGCUCCCCUCCCUCCAGCCCAAACCCAGCCAAGAAGAGCAGCUCCAUCAACUGGUCCUUCCCAGACAAGAUUAAGUCCCCGCGCACCGUAAGGAAGAUCUCCAUGAAGAUGAAGAAGCUUCCAGAGCUUAGCCGGAAACUCAGUGUCAAGGGGACCCCGAGUAGCAGUAACAGCAACAACGGAAGCAGUCAUUUAGAGCCCCGAGCCCAUUCUCCCCGAAACAAUGUAAGCAGGUCGGAGGCUGUCCCCCAUUCCUCAGGCCCUCCCAGAUUAGCUGCAUCUGGGGGAGGGCAGGCUAGCCGUAACGUGAUCUCACGCUACCACCUGGACAGCAGUGUGUCCACACAGCACAGCUUCAGCAAGAAGAAAAGCAACGGCAGCUCAAAGUCUGCCAGUAAAGGUGGCUACCUCAGUGAUGGUGACUCACCUGAGCUGGUGGCCAAAUCUGGGAAGCAUGGCUCUUCCGAGGAGAAGGGAGGGAAAGGCAAGGAGGCAGAGGGUGGAGGCGGAAACUCUAAACUCAAUGGCACGGACUUAGACAUUGAUGCUUUCCGCCAUUACAGCUUCACAGAGCAGCCCAAGUGUAGCCAGUUUAUCUCGGGACUGAUGAGCCUGCACUUUUAUGGUGCUGAGGACCUCAAACCUCCACGCAUUGACUCUCGAGAUGUCUAUUGCGCCAUUCAAGUGGACUCGGUUAAUAAAGCACGAACCGCUCUCCUCCAAUGCCGAACUACCUUCUUAGAUAUGGACCACACCUUCAACAUCGAGCUGGAGAACGCCCAGCACCUAAAGCUAGUGGUGUUCAGCUGGGAGCCCAUGCCGAGACGCAACCGCGUCUGCUGCCACGGCACGGUGGUACUGCCUGCACUCUUCCGGGUGACGCGUUGCCACCAGCUGGCGGUGAAGCUGGAGCCGCGGGGCCUGAUCUACGUCAAGCUGAGCCUGAUGGAGCAGUGGCAGAACUCCCUCGAUGGUGGGCCAGACGGAGACAGGGUGCCCCAGGUGUUUGGUGUGGAGGCGUGGCGGGUGGUGGAGAGAGAGAACACGGGACUGAUGGUGCCGCUGCUUAUAAGCAAGUGCAUCAAUGAGAUUGAAAAGAGAGGCUGCCAGGUGGUGGGUCUCUACCGUCUGUGUGGCUCUGCAGCCGUGAAGAAGGAGCUACGUGAGGCGUUUGAGAGAGACAGCUACGCCGUGGAGCUGUCUGAAAACGUCUAUCCUGACGUUAACGUCAUCACAGGCGUACUGAAGGACUACCUACGAGAGCUGCCCUACCCUCUGAUCACCAAGAACCUGUACGAGGCAGUGUUGGAGUCCAUGGCCACAAGGCCUUUGCGGAUAGGAGCAGCGGGCUGCGAGAACGACCAGUCUGACUCGGAGCACACCGUCAGCCUGCUGGACAACCUGCCAGAUGUGGAGAGGGUGACACUGCAGAAGCUUCUUGACCACCUGAAGUUGGUAGCGUCCUGCCAGGAAGUGAACAAAAUGACAUGUCAGAACCUGGCGGUGUGUUUUGGCCCGGUGCUGCUCAGCCAGCGUCAGGAGGCGUCCUGCCACACAAACCGAGUCUUCAUUGACUCCGAGGAACUGGCCAGCGCGCUGCACUUCAAAAAACACAUCGAAGUCCUGCACUACCUGCUGCAGCUCUGGCCUGUUGUGGACCCACAUGGCCGGUCCUCCUCCCAGCCCCCUGCAGCCUCUUUGGCUCCGGCCUCAUCUGACCUGCUGUCAGCUCCUCCCAUAAGGCGGAGAAAAGAGCGCCCCCAGGUCCUGAACCUCUCCGAAGCGGAGAUGGCGGGCGUUCUGCGUCCCAAACCGGGACGCUUGGACAGCCCCAGCAACCGCUAUGCCGGCGACUGGAGCGGCUGCGGCGAGAGCUACUUCCCUUGUGAUAUUCUGCUGCCUCCCAGCAAAGAAGAGGCGGACUAUGACGACGUGCCCUCCGAGGAUACAGAGGCAGCUGAGGAGGCCCAGGAGAAGCCUGAGGAUGCAGAGGAAGAUAAGGGGCAGAUGGUCCCGAGCCCUGCGUCUGAUCCUGCUGAGCAGGAGCAACCUCAGAGAGAGGAGGCGGUGAAGGAGGAGGAAGAAGAGGAGGAGGAGGAGGAGGAGGAGGAGAAGCAAGUAGAGAGUGAUGGUUCAGGCAAUGGGCAGAAUAUAGAGGACAAGGAGGAGGAGAGGGUGUGCGACCACAUCCUUCCCCCCCGUCUGCCCAAAGAGCACACCUACCAGGCUUACAUGAAGAUCCAGGAUAUCAGCCCCGUGCUGAGCAAUAGGGUCAACCUGAGAGACCUGCAGGAGAGCAUCGACACUCUGAUAGGAAACCUGGAGCGAGAGCUCAACAAGAACAAGGUCAACGUCGGAUACUGACUCCUACUACAGUGACACACACACACAUAUCCACUCACACACUCAUAAGGACUGAUGGGGUUUGGAGAAGACCUUCUUUACCGAUUAAGGUGCUUCAGGAUACAGCCACGGUGUUUCCAUGGAGAUCCUGUGAUGUACGCGCGGUGCUGCUGUAAAAACCUAAAGGAUGAGAAGAUGUGUAACGGGGCACUUCUGGCGUUUGUACCUUACCCAUAGACAUUCCUUUCAUUUUGUCGGCUGUCUUACUUUAUGUUGUUGGUUUGUUUCAGUCCGGCUCUGUGUUCCAUGUUGUUAUUGUUGCUUCUCUUCUUAUUAGAAGAACCCAUUGACCCCUCAGGGGUUUAAAAGGUGCCUUAAUUGUGUGAAGGUGGUACGUCAAGAGGAAAAUCCACCCUGAAAUAAAAUGCAUUCCCUCGUGUGAUUUUGAUAGCGUUGACAACCAACAGGAUAACCUCCAUGAUGUUAUGAAGAGUUGUUUCUACAUCGAAAAAGGCUGCAGUAUAUUAUGUUUUUGAGCCGGUAUGAAUCCACCCUGCGUACUAUGGCGCUCUAUUCAUACAAACUUUUCAGCGGUAAUACUGAUACUGCCAACAUUUGUGGAGCAAAGUUAAAGAUAGACAUAUCUGUAAGAUAUGACAGAUAUAACAUUGACCAUUUCCAUACCAAAAUAUACCAGUGCCUCCCCCAUAAGUAUUUUGUUGGCAGGGUUCUGAUGCAACAUUUGGACAUUGGACACUUCCACAUCUAUGUGGUGGUAGGAAAAAAUAAGGGAUGUAUUGGGCCUUUCAACUGUUUCCAACAAAAAUAUGUAAUUAGGGCAUUACAAUAAUUAAAAAAAUUUGAAAAGAAAACAAAACCAUGUCGGUUCUACAGUCGAGACACACCAUCUAUCAUUUUUGGCAUUGGAAAAAAUACGUUCCGGUACUUUAUUGAACCAGAACAUUAAUCUCUAAUGCUGAAUGGAAAACCUCUGAGUUUCUAGCUUCUACCGUCUUUUUUUUCGAGCAUGUAAACAAUGCUUAGUAACACAAACCACGAUCACAGGAGGAACGGGUGUACAUUCUGUUUGAGGAUGGAUUUCCUUUUUUAAGGCAGCAGAGAGCUUUUCUAUUGAGGUAUGAAACACUAAAUAUUGUACAACAAUAAUGCACUUAUGAGGCAGGCAGUAGUGUAGAUUGUCGUUUUACUUCAUGCAGUAAAUAAUGUGGACUGUAGACUGAGUUGAGGGUGAAACCUCUUAAAGAUAAAUAAGAAUAUGGCUUAAAAUGUAUUUACAUUCUGCUUUGUUUGACAUGUUUAGACACCCAUGUACAGGCAUACCCACACCUGUCAGAAUUGGAUACAAGAUAAGGUUUAUAACUUAUUAAUAAUAAUAAUCUGAUCUCUGUUAACAGAAAGGUGUACAGUAGAGAUGUAUUUGAUCUUAAGCAGGAAACUAAAAACAGAAAAUGUGUUAUAUGUGGCAUCAUAUUCACUUUAAGCCUAAGAGAAUAGUCUAACCUUUGGGAAAUUACCUUAUUCACUUUCUUGCCGAGAGUUGAUGAGAAGAUUGAUAGCCUACCACUCUUGUGUUUGUAUAUAUACGAUUUUUAGCUUAGCUUCGCAUUAAAGACUGGAAGCAAGGGGAAACAGCCAGCAUAGUUCUGUCCUAAGGUAAAACAAGUAACAAGUUACCAGCACUUCUAAAACUCACUAAUUAACACAUUACAUUGUGUUUAUUUAAUCUUUGCGUUUGCACAAGGUCUUUAUGCUAUGCUAAGAUUAGCUAACGUCUAUCAAAUCUUUUACCUCUCUGCAAAAAUAGUAAAUAAGCAUAUUUCCACAAGAUGUCAAACUAUUCCUUUAAAUACCACCAACCAGUCACCUUUCUGCUUCUCCCAGCUUUUUUACAAAACCGUGAAAUAGACACACCGAAAUGUGAAAUGCACAAUUUUCAGAGCAGCAGUGGGAACUGUUAGCGGAGGGCUUCAGUUAGUAAGACUUAGCUAGCUGCCUAAAUCGACAAAGGACCUUUUCAGCAAUCCAGGGAUUCAGAAUGAUCAGUAUUUAACCUAUAUGUAUAUGUAUAUAAUUAUAUAAAUGUAUUCGGAGUAUAUUAUUUUUUACAGCUUCUAUUUCAAUGGCGUAUUUAAAUACUUCUGAUGACCUCGUAGUGUUGUAACUAGUAAUAGUGGCUUUUCCUCCCUUCAAGCUACCUGUACACAUCUUAAUGUGCUGGACUAAUGGUACAACUUUAGCUGUAAAAUAUAUGAUAAAAUCGUGCUCUUGCAGAAAAAUUGAUAUUGUUAUUUUUAUUGCAUUGUGUAUAUAUUUGACAUUGUUUUGUGACUCUGUUGGACUAAGCUGUGUAUAUGAAUAUUGUAUUUUUUUUAAGGUACUGAACGUUGCAUGGUCAAAAGCUUUACUGACAUUAACGAGGCUCCUUCCCAUCUGCCUUUGUAUUUGAUAUUUAUGUGUAAAAAAAGACUUAUUUUGUAAUGUAUGCUUGUUUGUUCAUCACGCUGUUCCUCUAUUAGACACAUUACUUAACUGGUCAAGCUUUUCUCCAGAGGAUUUAAAGGCAAACAGUGAUUCGGACAGUUUCAACUGUGAAACCCAGUUGCAGAAUUAAACACUUGUUCGAAGGAAGAUACAUUAGAUUGGGCUUGAAAAUGGACAAUUGAUGUAGAGUUUUCAGUUAUUGGUACAUUUUUCAUCGUAUUUGUUAUUCCACACCCCACCCUCCAGCAUGCUAUCGGUUCACAGUCCUGCUGCUUCAUGGUGGUGAAGCUGUGGCUGCUGCUGUCAGUCUGAGCGGGUCCAGCGAAAGUGAGUUUCAGCAGGGUUCCUUUCAAACCAUCUGUCUGCCUGGGCAACACAAAAACAACCAGGGCCUCAUUUACAGCAUAGAAACCAAAUGGAGAGCAUCACUUAGUUUAUCCUUUAAAAUUGCCGGCAAACUCUUCUAAGAAUCAAUUUGACUGAGAUGUUUUUUUAUGAGGAAGCCAUGUGAGUGAUGCUCAAAGAAAUACACUCUUUCUGUUUUUUUCCAAAGCUGUGGCUACAUAUUAGGUACUCUUCCUGUCUGUUUUAGCAUAUGCUCAGCUACCGCCUUCCCACCUCUCUUUUACAUAAUAUAUCAGCAAACACCUGCAUGAUUUUUGUGUGUGUUACUAUUUUUUUGGGUUAAUCGUUGUGUCUUGUCCUCUUUGUCCUCUGGAGAAAAAAUGUCACAUGGAAAGCAUCAUUAAACAAAACAGAAAAGUGCUUUGUAUUGAUCCUGAGAAAUGUAUGGUCAUAAUAAAGUAUAUUAUUUUACAUUCA